AUGCCUCCUCCAACAUCCCCGGUCCUUGUGACCAAAAUCAAAGUCCAGCUCAAACUAGCCAUAGCCCGCCUUCGUAUGGUUCAAAAGCGUGACGAGGCCCUUGCAAAGACCCAGCGCAGAGCCAUGGCCCAGCUCCUCGAGCAGAACAAGGUUGACUCGGCCCGAAUCCGCGUCGAGAACAUCAUCAGAUCCGACAUUAUCACCGAGCUCCACGAAAUCCUAGAACUCUACUGCGAGCUUCUACUAGCCCGCGCUGGCUUGCUAGAGGCAUCACCAACAUGCGAUCCCGGCCUCGAAGAGGCUGUCAAGUCCAUCAUCUACGCCGCUCCCAAGACAGAAAUAAAAGAGCUUCAAACAGUGAGGACGUUGUUGGCUGAGAAGUUUGGGAAAGAAUUUGUGCUACAGGCUACAGAAAACAGCGACGGGAAAGUAAGCGAAGGGGUGGUCAAGAAGCUGAGCGUCACACCACCAAAAGACGAGCUGGUGCAGGGUUACCUUGAGGAGAUUGCGCGGGCAUACGGCGUUGACUGGCCAAAAGGGAAGAAUAAGGAGCUGGGGGAUCCUCCUGACUUUAUGGAUGAUGAUGAUGAUGAUGAGAACCCAAGUGGAGGCCAGGCACAAAGAGUGUUGGAGGAACCGCUGGUUGGUGUGGAUGAGGAAGCUGCUGCUGAGCUCAAGGCACAGGAAGACCUGAGCAAAGCUACACCCCCAAAAUCUUUUGGGCCGGCUAGCCCGCUUCAUGUCAAUCCUCCUAGUGCUUCCACUGAUAACAUACACCCCAAAGUCACUCUCAACAGACAGGAGUUGACAACACCAACCAAGAAGCCGGCUGCUGUGACGAGAAAGCCUUCGGAGCAGAAAGGGGAUGGGGUUCCAGAUCUGGAUGAGCUUGCAAAGAGGUUUGCACAGCUGAAGAGGUGA